UCCACUGAAUGGAAACCCCCAAGAUAUAAAACAAAUGAGCCUCCUAUGGGAAGCGGAAGGUGGCGAAUUUGACGAUUGGAAACUGGGGCGCCUUGCACUCUCGGGAAAGACUAGAGUGAUAUUCGAGGGAAUCGCGGCAGGAGCUCUUCCACCUGGUUACGUGGCCCUGGAUGACAUCAGAAUUUUCCCCAAUGAGUCUUGCGACCCUUCGCCUAAGAACGCAUCUUCCCUCAGAGAAGCGGAUGACAUACUGAACUGUGAUUUCGGAAAGAGAUCUUUCUGCAAAUGGUCUUUUACCGCAAAAACGAAAGGCGUCGGAUGGUUAUUUGCCGACAUGACUGCCCCUGUUUUCAACGUCGGACCCAGACCCCUUCCCAAAGGUGUUUCAGGAAGCUUCAUUCACACCAACCGGGUGCAAUUGGCUAUGAACGGCGGAAGCAUGCAGUUGAACUCCAUGAACGUCCCUUCCCUGUCCGGACUUUGGUGCGCUACCCUCUGGUACCACAUGUUUGGCGGUUUGGAAACCAGACUACAAGUGACCAGGCUCGCUCUCCAGUCGGACGCAGGAAGCGCCGAGAUGUGGGCCCCUUUCAGCGUCUUGUACAGGGAGGGACGUACAAUCGCUGACAGUUGGUACAGCGUCCAGCGGACCCUGGACAUGAAUGCACGUUCAAACCGGCUCGAAAUCCGUUACGAAACCAUGCGUUACAUGCCCUCCGAGACGGCCAUCGGUCCUAUCCAGGUCAGUCCCGGCGCCUGUCGGGCCGUUACGGAGAGCCAAGGUUUGUGUGACUUCGAGUACGAGAUGUGUGGCUGGAUUUCCAACAAACCAGACAAAGGCUGGAGACGCAAGGAGGCCAAGUUGACCGGAAUGGCGGCCAACACGCGUUCGGGGCCCGUCGAUUCUCAGUACUUCAUGGAGCUGCGAGGCGGUGUAGGAAGCAACGACGCAGCACUUUUUAGCCCAUGGUUCGAAGGAAGGCCAGAGCCACAGUGUCUGAAGUUCUGGUACAAAAGGGACAGCCUCACCCUGGGCAGAAUUGCUGUUGAGGUGACUACGGGAGGAGGGGGACCACGCAACAUCGUCUGGACGCAACCUCCCUACCCUAAGAAUGAUUGGAUGCUCGCUAGCAUUCCGGUCUCCCAGGCGAAACGAUUCCAGGUGGUGAUUCGGGGAAACAUCACUGAUAGACGGAACACGCAAUCCGCCCUUGGUUUCGACGACGUGGAGGUUUCACCGGAGCCCUGCAAGCCUCUUCUGGAGUGCGGCUUCGAGGAUGACCUGUGCGGUUACGUGAGCGACUACUCUAGCGAAUUCAAGUGGCUUGUGGGAACAGGGCGUGUGGUAAGGCCAAGACUCCAAACCCAAAUACCGAAGCCACCCAGUUCACAAGCUGCAUCCGACGGUGGAAAGAGCUCUUGGACAAGGUUUGCCUAUGUGGACUUUACAGUCCCUUCUGGAGAUCCUUUUGGAAGCGAAACUCAGGCUCCUGGGGACGGUAUAGCCAGACUUUUCAGCCCCAUUUUUGACGUCGGGGAAACAGGAGACACGGUUCAGCUUACGUUCUUCAGGAAGGGCAAAGCCAUUGAGUCUAUGGAGCUGAGUCAGGUAGCCUACCAGGAAAACGGAACAACCACUAACCUGCUAACCGUUCGGUUGCCGGAGGGCGAGGCCUGGAAGUCAAUCAGUUCUUCCCUGAAGCCCUCUAGUCGAAGUCAGCUAGUCAUCACCUUGAAGAGGAAGGAAUCCACCGACGGCGCAGCGGCCAUUAGCGUCAUCUCGAGUGGUGGACCCUCCACUACACCCACCGGCGAAAGUUCACUCUCUUGCGACUUCGAGAAUGGAACCUUCUGUGGUUGGAAUGCCACAGUAGGCGUCGUUCCGUUCAAGAUGAACGACCCUGCCAACCAAGUUCCAGCUUUUCCAAAGUCAGACCAUACUCUUCGUGCAUUCAGAGGACGCUUUAUUUAUGUCGACUCCCGAGGAAAGAAAAAUGCGCAAGCCGACCUACAAAGCCCCGUGAUUCCUGAGAAAGUUCGCGACAACUUUUGCUUUUCUAUUUGGCAUUGGACUCUACCCAACACACGAGGAUUCCUCACAAUCUAUGACACUGUCAAACUGCAUCCGGUCUUUCGACCAUUAACCACGGUCAGCCAUCAUUGGGCCCACACCCUGUUCCAAAUGCAGAUGCCAGCCAAAGGGGAUAGGAUCACGGUUAGAAGCUAUAUGUUUAAUGGUUUGCUUGCCCUUGAUGAUCUGCAAAUCACUCCUGGAUCCUGUCCAGAACCAGACAAGUGUACCUUCGAGUGGGGCAGUUUUUGCCGGGUUUAUAGAGAAAUCGGGAGCGCAAGGUUCUGGCAGGUUGCACCGAGCGACAGCCUGAAUAUUUUUGACCACACCCUACGUUCCCUUGAAGGAAACUACCUGUAUAUAAACACAACCAACGUGGAUCCGGCACAACGGGAAGCGAGGGCGUUUCUUGCCGAGCGCAAGCCGACCCCAGCUACCUGUCUUACCUUCUGGUGGAAGGGAUUUGGAACGCCCAGUAACCUGAACAUCUACCUCCACACGAAGGAAACCAUUCUCAGGGACCCCAUCCUAUCGGUCUACACCCGGUCUACACCACUUUGGUGGAAUGUUCGAUACGUCACCAUUUCUUCGAAGUUAACCUGGAAACUCACAUUUGAAGCCGUGUCAGCGACGUCUAAGGUACAAUCUGGCGUGAUGGUUGACGACAUUGAGUUCACCGAAGGGGAAUGUCCGUCUGAGGAGCUAUGCACUUUUGAAGAGGACAUUUGUGUACCAUGGGAACAAAUGGUUACGGUGAACGCCAGCGGACUAAACAAAGGCUGGGAAGUACAGCGAGCAGACCAGUCAGAUAUUCUCAAGAAGGAUCACACUCUCGCCUCAGGAGAAGGCUACUAUCUGAUGUUCCGAAGCACGGGAAAUAAAUUGGAUUCCGCGUCGCUGGUGCUCCGUCAGCCACGCUUCCAGUGCGGGUCCCUUUGGUACUUCAUCUCCUCCAAGAGCCCAAAUGGAGUCAUCAUGAAUGUUAAAAACCGGAUAUUUCACUCGCCAACCAAAUCAUGGAAACGAGUUAUUUUUAGCCUCGUUGCGGCGGGAGAGCAAAGGAUCAUUGCGUCGGCCGGAAAUGACAAAAAAGCGUUCCUUGCCAUCGAUGACCUUCUAGUGGAUGAAAAACUAUGCAAAAACAUGGUUCCAGGGUCAGAGGUUCUGGACAACUUUACUUGCGGCAAUGGGGAUACGAUUCCGACAAGCAAAGUGUGCGACUUUGUGAAGGAUUGCAAGGACGGAUCGGACGAGGUGGAUUGUGGAGCCUGCGAUUUUAAGAAAAGCACGUGCGGCUGGACCUAUCCGAACGUAGGAUAUUUACCGAACUGGCAGCGCAAGAGAGUGGGAGAGGUCGAAGGUAGCCCCAAGCUCAGUGCCGCUGGCUUAACUACUGGUUUCUACAUGCUUCAUCAACGACACCCACCAAUGGAUAUGGUUAUUUCCGAUAGUCCUUUGAAUGGGCCAACUAUCCGGAACACAAACUACGCUUGUGUUCUAAAUUUUUGGUACAACUACAACAGAAACAAUAAUAGCGCUCACAUGGAUCUAAUGAUGAAAGUAAAUGGACGGCAGAUCAAUAUCUGGAGCCUGCGGUAUGUCUAUCCACUCCCGGACGAACGUACAUGGUGGCAUACGCGCAUUUUGCUCGGACGUUACGCCGGAGAUGUGAAGCUCUACUUUGCUGCGUUUGGAUGGCCAUGGAAAGAAGGAUACUUUGCGAUAGACGAAAUAAGCUACGCAUUUUGUGGAUUACCUCCAAAAGUUGCCUCAUGUAAUGUACAAGAGUUUAGGUGUGCGAAUGGAGCGUGCAUCCCACAACUUCAAGUUUGUAACUAUGUGGAUAACUGCGGCGAUGGCAGCGACGAAGUCAAUUGUGGUGAUCACAACUCUGGUUGCAACUUCGACGCGUCUUUCUGCGACUGGAAACCCAUCGUGCCUGCUGGCGGCGUCAAUCCCGGUUGGAUAAGAAAGAAGCCCGGUGGUAAUAUACUGAGGCAACCCACGAGGGACCACACCUCGGGACUGUACGAAGGACAGUUUUUACAGUUGGACGCUGGCAGUUCUAAAGUAGAUGCUGAGAUCGCUGGGCCCAUUCUGGAAAGCAGCUCUCUCUGCACUGUAACCUUCUUCCACACGAUCUACGGGAGCGUCUCGUCAACGCUCACAUUCGGCAUCAGGUACAAAACAGGUGGUCCUCUCAUACCACUCUGGCGAAGAACCAAGCCCACUGGGUUCUUCCACUUCAUCGAAGCCUAUAUGGCCUUCCGUCCACUGGCACCCUUCCAGGUAUUCUUCAGAGGGAUGCACAAUGCUACUACGAAUCCUUCCUAUAUUGCCAUUGACGACGUGUCCUUUUACAAAGGAUGUCGUCCUUAUCACGGAAAACUGCCCGUGGAACCUGUGACGCCACGCCCUAUCGGCCCAGCACUGUGUCCCGAAGGACAGUUCACCUGCGUCGCGUCUCGACAAUGCAUACCUCUAAGUCAGGUGUGCGACUUCAAGCCGCAGUGCUCCGAUGGAUCCGACGAGAAAAACUGCGGUGCCUGUGACUUCUCCACCGAUCUCUGCGGCCUUACCACCGAUUAUCCUAACGCGAAGUUUACUUGGAACCGAACGUCGGCGGAAGAGGCGGCAAAAAGUUCUUCUGGAAAAUAUAUUUUGCCGACUAAGGACCGGAAAAACAAUCCACAGGGGUUCUACGUUGCCUUCAGGCUAACAAACACAGACGUCCCGAGAGGAGAUCCAAAUGCUCUGCUGACUCCACCCUUAGGACAAAUGGCUCACUCCUGCACGGUCGAUUUUUACACAUUCCUCUCAGCAACCAGUCUUUCCCUGUGGUUUGGUGCCCAACGGAACAGAACAUCGGACGCUCCAGCAAUCAGACGCCGAUUAGCUCUUCUCAAAGGCUCUAAGAGUAACCAAACCUGGACAAAGAUGUCAGUCAGAGUUGGAAACUGGAAUCCAGGAGUCAGAUUCUACUUUAUGACUGACCACGAAAAUGCCAGCAUUGACGGUAUCCAGUACCGCGGUUGCCACCCAGACAAGGACAGCGAAACAUACGAAGCUGGCCUGCUUGUUACCUGCAGCUUCAUUGCCUCUGAUAUGUGUGGCUGGUUCCCCGAGAACCUCGAGGACGAGUUGGACUGGGUCAAGUUCGGUUUCGGACAGGUUACUCGCCUCUGGCAGCCUCCUUUCGCAGACGUGGGCCACACAGGUUUUUAUAUGUUCGCCACCAACCCGUUGAACAAGGAAGCCAGGGCACACCUCGUUUCUAAGCGCGUGGAUGCCACAGACAACCAGGGCCGCUGCUUCUCCUUCUGGUACAGUAUGCGGCACCCCAACAGCGGCACGCUGAAUCUGCUGCUCCGAAUGGAAAACAACUCGAGCAACCUGCUCUGGACGCGAUCCGGGCCCCAGGGAAGGUCCUGGGCCAGGGGCCACGUGGAGUUCUACGCCGACAGGGCUCAUAAGUUUGUACUCGAGGCAAUACUGCUGGCAUCGACGCCGGCGGUCAUUGCGGUGGAUGAGAUCCGCGUGACGAGAGGAGAGUGCGAGGAUAAAGCACUCAGCUGCGAUUUUGAGUACUCCGGGUGUGGCUGGAAAUUAAAUGGCUGGGAGAUGAACAGCGGACGAAAAAUCGGAACACCAGAUGUUGACCACACCACAGAGACCGGUUACGGAGUCUACGCGCGGUUGAAAAGCUCAGUGGGUCAUCUGGCAAGUCCUCUCCUGCGCACGAUCAAAAGUUCAGAACGCCGCUGCGUCAAGUUCUGGUUCUACCUGUCCGGCCGGGAGGCUGAACAGCUCAACGUCACCCGGGUAGUCAGCUUCAGCGUCGAGAGCGUCAUCUGGGCUGUCCGAGCCUCCCAGGUGCCUCAGCGGAAGUGGCUGUCGGGCUCCGUUGACCUCCUCGGAGACAAGGACGCACUAAUGGUGGCCUUCAUCGGAGCCACAUCUAGCGCCCCGGACACUGCAGUCGCUGUGGACGACAUUCUCAUCGAUGAAAAGGGCUGCCCUUCGGCGGCCUCUUGCGAUUUUGAGGACGACUUCUGUAACUGGUGGAACGUUGGAAACAAAACAAGCGCCAUGCAGUGGUAUCGUAACAGCGGCCCCACCAUGACUGACGGCGGCCCUUCGGUCGACCACACCCUCAACACACCCAGAGGAACCUACCUGCUGCUGGACGCCCAAGACUUGUCCACGGUUCAAGAAGGUGUCGUAGAAAGCGAAAUCAUUGCCAAGGCAUCUGACGCCGCCUGUUUUCGUCUAUUCUACCAAAUUGCUAAUGGAAGUGAUGCCUCUCUCGCAGUGGAAGUUCGCGACGCGUCUGGGCCUAUUGUGAGCAGAUGGACGGUCACUGCUAGAGGGAACAAUUCAUGGACGCCGUUUUCGCAGGAUUUGAACAACUUGCCUUCUGAAUACACUAUCCGAAUCAGUGGGACACCUGGAAAGCAGCAAAGAAGCGAUGUUGCCAUUGAUGACAUUAGUCUUUUCAGUGGGAAGUGCCCUGAGAGGCCGACCGCCACUACAUCAGCAUCCUCGCAGUCGACAGGGCUAACAACUGUAUCAACGGAAACAACUCAGUCAUCGACAGAAUCAGGAACUACCCCUCCUUCGGAAGAGAAAAGUUCGCAGCCGAGCACCUCCACUUCGGCACCUCAGACCACGACGCAGAAAGAAGUCGUUACCUGCGCGCCGGGGCAGUUUAACUGCCGCGAUAACAAGAACUGCAUCCCGCUGGCACUACUCUGCGACGGAGUGAAAGACUGUUCAAAUGGGAUCGACGAGAAGUGCGGAGGUCGAAACCAAUGCACGCCAGAAUUUUCUUUCUGCCCAAGCGGUGUUCCGCAACUCUGCUUUCCUCGGCAGUACCGCUGCGAUGACCAUCAGGACUGCAGCGACGGUUCAGACGAGUCCCUAUGUGGAUAUUGUCCGUCGUACUACUGCCGCAACGGAGGCCGCUGUGACGUCGCGUCAGACAAGGGAAGUCCCAGCUGCACCUGUCCCGAGGGCACUGCGGGAGAGCGCUGCCAGUUCCACGCACCAGCUGCACAGCGACUGAAAGCGGCCGCAUCCAACGGAUGGGCAAUUGCGCUACCGGUGAUUCUUAUCUUGGUCGCCGCCGGUGCAGGUGGAUUUCUCUUCUACAGAAGGAGGAAAGCUUUGAACACACCGGUCUUCCUGAACAACCCUACGUACAACGCAAGCACAGCUGAAACAAGAAUUCUAGAUUAGCGGCCGUUGCCUUAUCAAGAUGAAACCCUCGGUGGAACCCUUGGCAAUGAAGCGCCAUUUGAUGUUAUCGAAUCGCGGUGUCGCCUUCAUCCCAACUCUAACGCAUCAUGCUCAUAUUUAUGUGAAUAAACUGCGUGUUUAUAUACGGUUUUAUAAUAA